AUGGCGGAGGCUGCCAGGUACAAGAAACUCACCCCCAUCGAUCAUGUCCUCGUACGGCCGGAAAUGUACGUCGGCAGCGUGGAGACGAUCUCUACGGCGAUGUUUGUCUUCGAUCACGACAAGGAACGGAUGGUGUGGGAGCCAGUGAAGCUCAACCACGGCCUGCUGAAGAUUGUGGAUGAGAUUCUCCUCAACGCCUCCGACAACCUUGCGAACAAAAGCGCUCGCAUGACGUACAUUCGCGUCCACAUCACCGAGUACGGGGAAAUUACCAUCGAGAACGACGGCGCCGGUAUUCCUAUUGUACGCAGCAAGGAGCACAAACUCUACAUCCCCGAGAUGGUGUUUGGUCACCUCCUUACCAGCUCCAAUUACGACGAUGCGAGUCAAUCCACCGUUGCGGGACGACACGGCUAUGGUGCGAAGCUUACAAACAUUUUGUCCCACCGCUUCUCCGUCUUCUGCCGGACGAAAGGGAGGGAGUUUCACAUGACUUGGCAGGAUCACAUGCGUAAGGCGACGGCUCCGCGUGUGUCGAACGGCGAUCCAAGGGAGAAGAAUGUAACGCGUGUGAAGUUUCUGCCAGAUUACGAACGCUUCGGCUUGAAGGAGAACAAAAUUUCACAUGACAUGAAGCGGGUGCUUCACAAGCGCGUCAUGGAUUUGGCCGCCAUGUUCCCAAACAUUGAAAUCUCACUAAAUGGUGUCCCGUUCGGCUUUAAGUCCUUUCACGACUACGCCGUGCUGUACAGCACCCCAAUCGCAGGUGGGGAAAGGCCGCCGGCGCCGUUUGUGUACGAGAGUCGCAAUGGCGCCAUCGCGUUUGUACCCUCUCUUACUGCUGGCAUCCGUCGCAUCUUUAGUGUGGUGAACGGUGUUGUGACGCACAAUGGCGGCACCCACUGCAACGCGGCGCAGGACAUCCUACAGUCCUCCCUGGAGUACGUUGAGCGGGCGCUCAAGAAAGAAAACAAGGUGAUUGACACAAAUCGUGUUCUGCGGCACUUUACCAUCCUCGUGUUUCUUGUGCAGGUGCAGCCGAGGUUUGACUCGCAGAACAAAGCGCGCCUCGUCUCCGCUCCGACGAUGCCGCGAGUACCAAGGCAAGAGCUUACGGAGUUUCUGCUGCGCAUGCCGUUUCUCGAGGCACACGUGAACACCAUGACGGGGCAACUCGCGGAGGAGCUGAACAAAGAGAUGGGUGCCGGGCGACGCAUGAGCAGCAAGUCCCUUAUCUCUUCCAUUACAAAAUUAGUGGACGCCACCACGACACGUCGGGACCCAAAAUGCGUUCGCACCCUCAUCGUCACGGAGGGAGACUCUGCGAAGGCGCUCGCGCAGAACUCUCUGACAAGUGACCAGAAACGCUACAUAGGGGUUUACCCACUGCGUGGUAAACUGUUAAACGUACGGAAUAAAAACCUUAGACGCCUUAAAAACUGUAAGGAGUUGCAGGAGCUCUUCUGUGCCCUUGGACUUGAGCUGGGGAAGGUCUACAAGGGUGCCGACGAACUGCGCUACCAGCGCUUACUCCUAAUGACCGACCAGGACGCGGAUGGAUCGCACAUUAAGGGGCUUGUCAUCAACGCCUUUGAGUCAUUGUGGCCCUCGCUGCUUAUCCGCAACCCGGGCUUCAUCUCCAUCUUUUCCACGCCCAUUGUGAAGGUGCGGCUGAGAGACAAGUCCACCUACUCAUUCUUCAGUCUGAAGGAGUUUCAUAAAUGGCAGAAGACGCAUGGAAACGUACCCUACACGGCAAAGUACUAUAAAGGUCUCGGUACAUCCACCACGGCGGAGGGGAAGGAGUACUUUAAGGACAUGGACAAACACACCAUGCGGCUUCUGAUGGAUCGCAAUGAUCACAAGUUGCUCGACAGCGUGUUUGACUCGCAGGAGGUGGAGUGGCGCAAGGAUUGGAUGACAAAAGCAAAUGCCUACAGUGGGGAGGUGGACAUUGAUCGCAGCAAAAAGACACUCACGUUAUCCGAUUUUGUUCACAAGGAGAUGGUGCAUUUUGCCCUUGCCGGCAAUGCCCGCGCCUUAGCACACGCGGUGGAUGGAUUAAAGCCCUCACAACGGAAAAUUUUGUGGGCGCUCUUGCGUCGCUCAAGUAAUGAGGCUGCCAAAGUGGCGCAGCUGUCGGGUUACAUUUCAGAGGCCUCUGCCUUCCACCACGGCGAAAUGUCCCUGCAAGAAACGAUUAUUAAGAUGGCUCAGAAUUUUACCGGUGGCAACAAUAUUAACCUACUCGUUCCGGAGGGUCAAUUUGGUUCGCGUCAGCAGAUGGGCAAUGACCACGCGGCUCCUCGCUACAUCUUUACAAAACUUUCUAGUUUUGCACGGAUACUUUUCCCUAGCGAGGAUGAGUCUCUCUUGGACUACGUUGUAGAGGAGGGGCAGCAGGUGGAGCCAAACCACUACGUUCCAAUCAUUCCGCUGCUGUUGUGUAACGGGAGUGUUGGUAUUGGGUUUGGUUUCGCAUCUAAUAUCCCCCCGUUUCACCCACUUGAUGUUUCAGCAGCCGUGCGCAGUAUGAUCAAUGGUGAGAGUGCCAAGGUUGUCGUGCGGCGGCUUGUGCCUUGGGCCGUCGGCUACCAGGGUGAAAUACGUCGAGGCCCAGAAGGGGAAUUCAUCGCGGCUGGAAGUUACAAUUACUACCUCGAUGGUCGUGUGCACGUGACAGAGUUGCCGUGGACGCUUAGCAUUGAGGCCUUCCGCGGCCACAUCUCGCACCUCGCGUCGAAGGAUGUCGUGCAGCGCAUUGCCGACUACUCUGGCGCAAACCACGUUGACAUUGAUCUGGAACUCACGAGGGGUGCCAUAACGACGUACGCAGAGUGCGAGAGCGAGCUCAUGUUGAUUCAGCGUGUCUACAUCAAUGGGACGGUCUUUUCUCCAAACGGUGUUCUCACCCCUUUGGAAGGUGACUUGGCACCUGUGCUGCAGUGGCACUACGACCGCCGCCUGGAUCUUUACAAGAAAAGACGCCAGCGCAACUUGGGGCUUCUCGAGGCCGAACUCGCACGGGAGAAAUCAACGUUAACGUUUGUGAACCACUUCCGCAGUGGAAAAAUUGACUUUGUCAAUGCCACAGAUGAAAGUCUGGUGAAGACCUGCUGCAAGCUGGGCAUGGUGCGUGUGGACGAUGGCUAUGACUAUGUGCUGCGCAAACCCAUCAUGUUCUACACAAGGACGAGUCUCGAAAACCUCGGUCGCAAGAUUAUAGAUAUUGAGAAACGCAUCGAGAAACUUAAAAAGACAACGCCGGUGCAGCUUUGGCUAAACGAGCUCGACCGCUUCGACCGCGCCUUUGAGGAGUACGAGAAGGCGGCGGUGGCGUCCAUUCUCAAGGAGCGACGGGGGCACCCGUCUACAGGGGAACUUAACCGAGCCUUGCAGCAGCCGCGACUGGAGGUGGAGGAGCCUAAUGCCCCCUCCGCUGGGGGUAGAGGGGUCCCAAUGCGGGUAAAGGUGCGAAAGUACACUCCCCCACCGCCGAGCAAGCGACCCCACACUGACGGUGGCGGCGGCAGUAGCAGCGCAGCGGCGGUGGUGGCACACGUAAAGGCCGCAAAGAGGGCGGCGCGGGCGAAGGGUGUGCAGAAGCUGCUGUUGGAUGCCGCUUCUCAGCAAGUAGCACGUGUCAUUUCGCGGUUGCCGUGGUUCCUGUUUUGA